GAGUGCAGCUGAGCCCGGCACCUGGAGCGGGAAUGGGCGCUGCGCGGGGCGCAGGGGCGGGGAGCGGGGAAGGGGCGGAGACUGUCGCCCGCCUCCCCCGCCCCGGCGGCGGCGCAGGGCCGCGGGGUGUCGGCAGCAGCUGCAGCCGCCCGCGCCACCCCCUCGGCCGCGGCUCCGGGACGAGCGAGGGUGAGCUGAGCACGGCGGGCAGCUGCCACCCCGCGCCGCCGUACCGAGAGGAGUGGAGCGGCGGCCCCAGAGAACGCAAAGUUGCCAGUGUAAGCGCAGACAUGCCGGGCAGCGACACGGCGCUCACCGUGGACCGGACCUACUCGGAUCCCGGCCGGCACCACCGCUGCAAGAGCCGGGUAGAGCGUCAUGACAUGAAUACCCUCAGCCUGCCCCUGAACAUACGCCGAGGGGGCUCAGACACCAACCUCAACUUCGAUGUCCCAGAUGGCAUCCUGGACUUCCACAAGGUCAAACCCAACACAGACAGCCUGAAACAAAAAAUCCUAAAGGUGACAGAGCAGAUAAAAAUUGAGCAGACAUCCCGCGAUGGGAACGUUGCCGAGUACCUGAAACUUGUCAGCAGCGCCGACAAACAGCAGGCUGGGCGCAUCAAGCAGGUUUUUGAGAAGAAGAAUCAGAAGUCUGCCCACUCGAUCGCCCAGCUGCAGAAGAAGCUGGAGCAGUACCACAGGAAGCUGAGGGAGAUCGAACAGAACGGGGCCUCUCGAAGCACAAAGGACAUUUCUAAAGACAGCCUGAAGGAAAUACACCACUCUCUGAAGGAUGCCCACGUGAAGUCCCGAACUGCUCCCCACUGCCUGGAGAGCGGUAAGUCGAGCAUGCCAGGGGUAUCCCUCACGCCCCCGGUGUUUGUCUUCAGUAAGUCCAGAGAGUUUGCCAACUUGAUCCGGAAUAAGUUUGGCAGUGCCGACAACAUCGCUCACUUGAAAAAUUCCCUGGAAGAGUUCAGGCCCGAGUCCGGCACCAGGGCUUAUGGGGGCAGCGCUACCAUCGUGAACAAACCCAAGUAUGGCAGCGAUGAUGAGUGUUCUAGUGGCACGUCAGGCUCGGCCGACAGCAACGGGAACCAGUCCUUCGGGGCCGGUGGGGCCAGCACACUAGACAGCCAGGGGAAGCUUGCCAUGAUCCUAGAGGAACUGAGGGAGAUCAAGGACACCCAAGCUCAGCUGGCAGAGGACAUCGAGACCCUGAAGGUGCAGUUUAAGAGAGAGUAUGGCUUCAUCUCUCAGACCCUGCAAGAGGAGAGAUACAGAUAUGAGCGGCUUGAAGACCAGCUUCACGACCUGACAGAGCUCCACCAACACGAGACAGCCAACCUGAAGCAGGAGCUAGCCAGCGCCGAGGAGAAGGUGGCCUACCAGGCCUAUGAGCGCUCGAGGGACAUCCAGGAAGCCUUGGAAUCUUGCCAGACACGCAUCUCCAAGCUGGAGUUGCAUCAGCAGGAGCAGCAGACCCUGCAGACGGAUGCCGUGAACGCCAAGGUGCUGCUGGGAAAGUGCAUCAACGUGGUUCUGGCCUUCAUGACCGUCAUCCUGGUGUGUGUGUCCACCCUGGCCAAGUUCGUGUCGCCCAUGAUGAAGAGCCGCUUCCACAUUCUUGGCACCUUCUUUGCCGUGACUCUUCUUGCAAUCUUUUGUAAAAACUGGGACCAUAUUUUGUGUGCCAUAGAAAGGAUAAUAAUCCCAAGAUGAGCUACUGGUUCUUGCCUUCACAUUCUCCCAAGAUCUUAUUUUGAAGAAAACUCUGUGCAUACUACCAAAUUUCCGAAUGAGCGGCUGUGCCAAAGAUGGCAAGAAGGACUGGAGUUGUGUGGUGUAAAUAAUCAGAGUCUCCUAACCCGGUAGCGGUUGCCAACACAGUCAGUCCCUGUACGUGCUUAACGUGAAACGGUCCCGGAGUUCUCCCUCAUUGCUCACUGCCUUAAUCAGAGCAGAUCUCCAGCCCACCUGGCGAGCUCGGCACGGUAGAGCCCUGUUCGUUGAGCACUUGGCAUAAAGAGCGACCCAGAGGAAAAGGGCCUCCCUCUCCUUCCCAUGAAUCUCUGUCACAUUGAGCCUCAUGAUUGCAAACAGCUGUGUUCUCUCUGAGCCCCCACAAACAACAAGGAUAGGGCAGCAUUCAGGGACGCAAGCAAACACAAGCUAUUGGGCAGUGUUGAGCUCUUGGGUGGUCUGCGGAAGCUCAGUCAGUCCCUCCGUGACCUAUUCCACUUGUCCACCGGUGACUCUGUGUCCUAUUAUGUCCCCAGUGUCCACCGUGGUCAAUUGCGUAUGUCCUUGUAACAUGGAAAUCUCAUAGCUGCUUUUCCGGCAAAAGUCUGCCUAACCCUUAGCACUGCACUUUACACAGUAGGACACUAGGAUUUCCAAAUGGGCUCUCUUCUGGUGCCCAGGGAGCCACACACCUGACUUCAUCUUACCUGGUUAGCAGUGCCCUGCCCUCGGGGAGCAUGCAGCCUCCCUUUCAUCAAACCGUAGCUUUGAUAACUGCCGUGGGCUGCUUCGAGCAUCCCAGGGGAGGCUUAUGCUCUGGCGAUCGUUAACCGUGAUAAAUCCCCUUAGAGGGCGGAUGCACAGUAUGUGAUUCACUUUACUCUCAGGUCUGCCGAGAUCGGGUUGCAAAGCUUGUUCAGGAAUGAUGCUCGUGUCGCCGGGUUUCAUUUUUCUUGAAGACAACAAAAUCAAACUUCAUAAAGCGUUGGUGUGCCGAGGCAGGGCCCUGGAGGCCCAAGAGGGAUGUGAACUUUUGGUCUAAUCAGAUGGUGACGAGGUUAGUGUCAGGAGGGUCCCCGGAGGGGCGUGAAGGGCAGCGAGGAUAAGAGGAGUCAGUUGCCGCCAUCCGUCAUGCAGGUGCUUGGUGAGACAAGUUCUGAGGUCACAGGGUAAACGCACUGCCAGUGAGCAGAAAACAUACAAGGGCUGCUGUGGUCAUGGCUGCCGUUUACCAAUGAAACUGGUUUUCUGCGUGUACCACAAAGAGGAGAGGGAAGGUCCUCCUACUGCCCCUGCUGAAGGAGUACUGUUAAACAUUUACUUUCUUCCAGAAGAUACUCUCAAAGAUCUAAGUAUCAUCACUUGCAAACGGCUGUUCUUAGGGGCAUUCUCGGGGCGGCAGGGUAGGGGCAGGGGUAAAAUUGCGCAACAGUUUAGACGAGGCCAGCUUAUAUGAGUGGGCCUCACACAGCUCCAGCCUUUGCUCCCCACGCCCAACUUUUAAAUCAAUAAUUCAGCAAUUUUAGUAAAUUCACAAAUUAUUUAACCAUCACCCUAACCCAUUCCAGAGCCGGGCUUUUGAAAGGUAAUAAACAUCGUGAAAUGCUAAGUACUUGGAAAUCAGGGAUGGGGGAGUUCCCAGCUCCAUCUUACCCAUGGCUGUGUCCCCACAUAGGGGCAGAUGGCGUUCUCUAGUCCAAAGAACCAUGAUCGUUCUUUACUCUUGCAUUUUAACAGCCUGCUCCCGUACUGGAGGCAUUGGAUUCCAUCUCCCUGCACCUUGAAGCAAGCUGGGCCCGGCUGGUCUCCUCCUGUCGGUUAUGAAUAGAGCAUGCCAGGCCUGGGGUGAAUGCGCCUGGUGGUUUACAGAAUGGGUAUUAAUGCAGCCUUAGAGGUGUAGUUAGGACCCCAGAAGAACCCAGAAAGAACAGGCUCUGUUGAUUGGCACUUCUCAGACCUGUGAUCCGUGUUUCCUCUCCCUGGUGAGAGAGUAGGGAAGGAAGUUAGAGACGGCACACUCCACACCCUUCAGUCUGAGCUUUGGGCAGAAUCUGUUGUUAGAAACUGGCAUGGUCCUGAAUUAACGGAGGCAGCCGUACCCAUCGCCAUGAAUUCCUUCUAAAGAACUGGCAUUUCUGUUGACUCCCAUUUAAUGUGGAGUCAUCUUCUUUACCUGGGUAUGCUCGAUCAGCCCGUAUGACAGCCUUGCUUCUGUCUUGUGGAGAGAGCUCAUGAACCUUUUUCUUUUCUAAGAUUGUACAGGUCUAGGAGACUUUGAUUCUACAGUUCAUGAUUCUCUUAAGUGCUAUAACCCUCUUUUGUUCUCUUGAACAUAUACUGUACACACUGAAGAAAUUAGAGUCAGUGGUACAACUUUGACAUACCCUGGGAUUGGAAUUGAUUCACAGCAGAGUCAGCCGGUCUUCUUUUGUACUUUUACGUUGGCAGUAAACAUCUCAUGUAUUUCUUGUGAUUGUAGAGGGGUAGGCAAGUACCUGCUCAUUUAGGGACACUGGGGAGGGGUUCUAGAUGCUGGACUCAAGAUCUUCGGUGACAUCAUCACGAUUGAUCACCAGAAUAGUGAUUAUUGAGGACAGAACAGGACUUUAAAAUAUUAAGGAUAACAAAUAUUAAAAGUGUUCUCCCUGUGGGUUUUGAAUUUUUUGAGCUCAUGUUUUGUAUAUGAUUAAGCUGGAACAACAACCCCCCCACACACACACACACACAAAGUUAGCAACCACUCACAAUGAAGUAUAACUGGAAUUACUCUCGCUGAACUUUGGGCUGUGAACACAGGACUCCCCAUCCCAAGUUCCUGACUCGUGGCUCCGUAGUUUUCCAGUGUUCUUAUUCUGUCAAUCAGCCUUCAUUCACGUGAACACCCUGCCAGUCUUGCUUUUAUUUAAGUAUUGCCCUCUGUAUACUUACUGUUCUGCCACCUCUCCGACAGCAGGCGUAAUUAGUUUGGUGUUUUGGGGUUGAUUUUUUUUUUUUCCUUAUGUUUUUUGAGACAGGGAAGCCUGUCCUGGAACUAGCUCUGUAGACCAGGCUGGUCUCGAACUCACAAAGAUCCGCCUGCCUCUGCCUCCCAAGCGCUGGGACUAAAGGCAUGUGCCACCAACGCAUGGCGGGGUUGAAUUUUAAAUGCCAGAUUAUUUUGUGUUGGAUGGGAAUGUAGAGUAGGGUUUUUUGUUAUUUUAUUUUGUUUUGAUGUCAAAUCCAGAUAGACUAGUCUAACAUUGGAAAAACAGGUAUGCUUGUUGAUAAGGAUGUGUGUGGUUAAACAAAACAGCCUAUGUUGCAUGUUUCCUUAAUUUUGGCCUUGGCCUGGGGAAUGAAUACAGGCUUAUUUGGAGAGGUGGUUCAAAGUUAGCAGGUAACUUUUAAGGGGUCUAAAAAGACAAAUCACAGAAAACAACUAGAUUGGUCUGCUCGUAUCAAAAAUAAAGAGCUUUUAAAGCUGUAUCAUUAACAGGGACUGGGUAACUCAUUAGAAAUAAAGCAAAAACUCAAUUUCCUGCCAUGGAUUCGGUUCUCUGCUUCAAGAGGCUGGAAGUGAUAUAACACCUUGUCUGGGGGUGGUUUCUAUGUUGCCCUUCUCGAAUAUUUAAAGCAUGUCUGCUGUGUUUGUCCUAAAAGAAACAUUUCAGCUAAAUGUGCUCUGUGUUUAAUUAAGAUGCGCUGGGUCAGUAGCAACAAGCUUGACGGGUAACGUCGGGAAUGCUGUGUGUAACCUCUGUUGCAGAAUUCCCAUCUUGUGGGACGCUACAUAGUUUUGUAUCUGCCUAAAAAUGUAAUUUUCCUGUUGAUCUCCCCCAUGGUGAUGUCACCAAUGAAUUCAAAGCAGGUGCCAUUAUUUUUUAAACACUCGAUGUUUGCUUUGGUGUUAAAUAAAAGAACUAGAUUUCUUAAAUUUU